GUGUAUAGCCUGUGGCCUGAUCUCAUUCUCAUGAUUGCAUUGCUCGUCUGUAAUAUUGAAUGGCAUCGACCCUUGUAAUGCCAAGCCUUGCUCUUCCCAUCGAGAUUCUUGAGCAGCUCCUCGACCAUUAUGGCGACAUGCUUGUGUAUAACCAUAAUCCGACGCUACCAGACAAUCGACUCCAAUACUAUGAAAUCCUGAAAAGCCGCGCCCUCACAUGUAAGGCGCUACUUCCUAGAAGUCGAUAUAACCUAUAUCGCUCGGUGAUCUUGGAGAAUAGACACAAACACUUCAUCGAAACUCUGAAGGGAAGUCCUCACCUUGCUCGUUAUAUUCGUGUACUGCACAUCGUUAGCUAUAAACUAUCCAAACCUCCUUCAAUAUUUUUUUGUCUCGCAGGCCGGUUACCCCAUAUCCAUGCCCUAGAGAUAGCGGUUGCUGAGGAUAUCUUCCUUCACAAACACCUCCACAUGGCGCUUUCUUCCUUCUCGACGAUCACGAUGUUGACACUUUGCAUACGCAUUGGUGUCCCGGAGAUUCAAAGGCUGCUGCAUACGUUGUACAACCUCCGAUAUCUCGAGCUCCUCGUUCCGCCCAUCGUACCAGCGGACAGCAGUGCAUACCAGAAAACAUGUCAUGCACCUCGCUGUCGUUUGACCUCAUUCGUCACUACUCUCAGGAUGGUCACACAACCCGCUAUACCAGACAUUGGGAUUCAUAGAAGGAUCAUGGAUCCGCAUCCUGGAUGGCUCCCGCUGUAUUAUUCCUUCUUGCAGACUCCAGAGCUGUUCUCGAGCCUGAAGAGAUUUUACAUAGAGAUCAUGAGUUGGGCAGGAGAAACCGAGAGAAACGCAGAGGUGUCUUCAUUGCUCUUCUCCGCCGCUCAUUCUUCUCUAGAGGAGGCGUUCAUAUAUUUUCACGAACCCGAGAAUACUGGGUUAACACGCCUUGUUAGCCUCCACGAUAACACCAAUCUUCGACGCCUUGGUCUGUUUCUAGAUAACGCAUUUGAUGAAGAGGUUGUCGGGCUCGUCCCUCUUCUGUUGACCAUCUCAUCAUCCAUCCUCCGGGAGAUUGUGCUUUUCGGGUGGGACGGAUUCAAACGAGUGCAGAGUUCCACCUGGGCAUUGCUAGACGAGGCACUUUGCGACAGUCGGUUUGAUGCUCUUACCUCUAUCCAGGUGAUAGAGGAUGUAGAAGAUCAAAACCCUCUCCCAGCCGUUGAAAGGUUGCCCCGUUGUGCUUCACGAGGCCUUAUUUCGAGCUCCUACAUAUCGAGCGCAGUUGGCUCCUUCAACCAUAAAUGGAUCACCUGGGCACCAGAGUACCAGCGGAUGUUGUUUGAAGACAGAUGAACUGCCGUGCAAGAGUCAAACUUAUCAUUUCUAUCGAACUAUGGGCCGGUCACUUCACCUUUCGAUCGGGAAAUCUGCGCGAAAGGAGGCGCUGCACCCACUUAUAUUAUAUGCGUGGAGGUGGAGGAGGGUAGCCUGAAUUUUGUCACCUGCAGGCAAUAUUUUCGUCAAAAGGACAGCAUGACUGUGGUGAAUAUGGCGCUUAGCCUCGUCCAGCGUGCACUACGAGAGGUAUCAAUACCUUGUGUAGCUAUUCCUAUUAUCUGACCAGUGUGUUCUACGGCCUUGUGAUCGGUAAUUUCGACGACCGGGUAACACUGAUGCAGAGACAACAUGCAUCCGCGAAACAUACAGAACAGGCCAACAAACGAGGCCCCAGUUUGGAGCAUCCAU